AUGCCUGUGAAAGACCCGCUCGACUUUAACCGGGCUAUCAUAGACGCAACCGCUGACCUGGUUUGCGCCUAUAAACCGAACAUAGCCUUCUACGAGGCCUUGGGCAUGGACGGGCUGCGGGCCCUUGAGGGGACCAUUGACCACAUCCGCAAGGCCGCGCCCAACACAGUCAUACUUGGCGAUGCCAAGCGGGGGGACAUCGGAUCUACCGCUCCAGCCUACGCCAAGGCGAUGUUCCAAGUAUGGGGCUUUGACGCUGUUACGGUAAACGCUUGGGGAGGGUACGACGGCUUGGAGCCGUUUCUGGAAGACCCCGCGCGCGGAGUGUUCAUCUGGUGCCGGGGGUCCAAUCCGGGUUCCGCAGAUCUUCAGGACCUGACCGUGAACACGCUCGAUGGGCCGAUUCCCUUGUACCAGCACUUGGCGCGUUCCGCGGACGGUUGGAACCGUAAUGGCAACAUCGGGCUGGUAAUGGGCGCUACCAACCCAGACCAACUUGCGGACGUGCGGAGCCUGUGCCCACACAUGCCUUUGCUUAUCCCAGGGGUAGGUGCGCAAGGGGGAGACUUGGCAGAUGCGGUGCUGGCUGGAAUGGACCGUAACGGCAGACGCGCCUUGAUUAACUCGUCGCGGGGGAUCAUAUAUGCCCGGCCGGAACCAGGCGGGAGCCAGGACUUCGCCGCGGCUGCCCGGCAAGCGGCGGCCAGGCUGCGGGACCAAAUCAACCGGAUUUUGACGGAUGCGGGCAAGGGAUGGCUUUAG